AUGAACCAAUCAACUCACGCUAAUGAUGUUCAGGCGUGCUUCGCAGAGUGGCUGCUACCUGGAGCGCCGGUCCGAAUCGAUUUCGCUGCAGUGUGCCAGUCGAUCCGGCCUCCUGUCGUCGCAUGGUGGGCAGACUUGAUUCAGCAAGGGAGCUAUCGCACCAUGGCACUCAAGCCUGAGUCAGCGACGAAAUCGCUAAGCCCGCAAGACCAACACGAUGCACAGGGGCCAUUCGUGCAUAAUAAUGAACCGACCAGAAAAAUUCAAGGUUACUAUUUCGCAGACGGAAAAAGAAAAAUUGACUACGUCCUUGUCUGGGAGGAUAACCCCGACGAAAAACAUCCCAGCAAAGUUGUUCGAACCAACCGAAGACUCCGUAAUGAAUAUCUGGCGAAUUUGCACAAGAUAGGUGUCGAGACGGAAUUGGAAGUGGUUCCCGGGUCCACAACUCAGACGUACUAUUUGAAACUUCAUAUUCCGUGGACUCUCAUGUGUGAUUAUGCCGAAAUGCUGCAUCUGCGUGCUCCACUCGAAUAUGUGGGCGAAGGUCAGAUGUCCAGCUGGUCCGCUUCCGUUUUGAAAGCUCUCCAUAUACCAAACAUCAUGCACCAGGAUGUACCAAACCCACCAACAGAAUACUACACCUGUCAGUUCAAGAAAUCGAAAAUUGAAAAAUUUCUCGGGAGCAAUGUCCCAGACUCGUAUUUCAAUUCGACCCAGCGUCACCAAGUAGCCUAUGAAAUUUUGGCAUCCCAACCCUAUGGAGACAGAGACAAGGCACAAGUUGGGAUUGAUCGCCUGAUUGAGGAAAAUGUGUACUCUGCGGCCUAUGUUCUCCAUGAGGGUUCAUAUGAAGUAACCGAAGAAGAUUUGAAACAUCCGGAACAAAUGAAUCCUCGUCAGAUCCUUUACUGGUACUGGGCUCGAUGGGGAUGCUGGUACCGAUACCAGCCUGUUAACCACAUCCGCCAGUAUUACGGAGAGAAGAUUGGCUUCUAUUUUGCUUGGUUAGGUCUUUACACGGCUUGGCUUUUACCAGCUGCAAUUGUCGGAAUAAUGGUGUUUCUGUACGGCUUGUUCACGAUGAAUAACUACACUCCAUCAAACGAAGCAUGCGACAGUGACAAUGUAAUGUGUCCGAUAUGUGACGAAGAGCAAGGAUGUCGUUAUUGGCAUCUCAAAGAUAUGUGCUUUUAUUUACGAGUCUCGUACCUAUUCGAUCACCCAGGGACGGUAUUUUAUGCCAUAUUUAUGGUUAUUUGGGGAGUCACCUUCUUGGAGUACUGGAAGCGAAAAAAUGCGAAACUGGCCCAUCGCUGGGACGUAUUGGACUAUGAGUUGGAGGAAGAACGGCCUCGGCCUCAGUACAGUGCAUUAUGUUCGGAAAUUGCAAAAAAUCCCAUCACUGGAGUGUUGGAACCACAUUUUCCGCGGACACGACGGAUCCUGCGUCUUAUAGCCGGCCUUCUUUGUGUUUUGUGGAUGAUCGUCCUUGUCAUGGUAUUUAUCGUGGCUGUGAUAAUCUACAGACUGCUCAUAAUGGUCCCAUUAUUCAAAAACAAAUUGUUGCGUGCGAACGCCGGAAUAUAUGCAAGCAUGUCUGGCGCUCUUGUCAACCUGGUUGUCAUCAUGUGUCUGGGAAAAGUUUAUGAGAAACUGGCUCAGAAAAUGACAGAAUGGGAAAUGCACCGAACACAAAGCGAGUUUGAUAAUCAGUUGAUCUUCAAAGUAUUUCUCUUCCAAUUUAUCAACUUCUACUCGUCAAUCGUGUAUAUCGCUUUUUUCAAAGGACGAUUUGUCGGAUAUCCAGGACACUAUACCUACUUUUUUGGCAUGCGCAAUGAGGACUGUAAUAACGGUGGUUGCCUCAUCGAGCUAGCUCAACAAUUACUGGUGAUUAUGGUUGGAAAACAGCUGAUAAACAACUGUCAGGAAAUAUUGAUCCCCAAAAUCAGAGGAUGGUGGCACAAAAAAUCCAAAGGACUGAAUAAGAAAUCCAAUUCAACUAUCACCUCGGAUUGCGUGUACUUGGAUGACUACAAGCUGAUUCCCUAUGAGGGACUAUUCGAUGAAUAUUUGGAAAUGGUGCUCCAAUUCGGUUUCAUCACAAUUUUUGUCGCAGCAUUCCCAUUGGCUCCAUUCUUUGCACUGCUCAAUAACUGGAUAGAGAUCCGCCUGGAUGCAAACAAGCUGGUUUGUGAAACUCAGCGUCCAUUAGCUGAACGAGCUCAAAAUAUCGGGGUCUGGUUUCGUAUUUUGGAUAUUCUCGUCAGGUUGGCUGUCAUUUCGAACGCGUUCAUCAUUGCGUUUACCUCAAACUUCCUGCCGAAACUACUUUACAAGUAUGAGAUACGCGACGAUCUUGUGGGCUUCACAAAUUUCACGCUCGCCUGGGCUCCAAAUAACACGACCAAAUUGCCUUGCCAAUAUACUGCUUUUCGCGAUCCGCAAGGGGAGUACACGAUGUUCUAUUGGCGUCUACUGGCUCUUCGGUUGAUUUUCGUCAUUGUUUUUGAACACGUGGCGUUUCUGCUGGCCGAUUUGUUCGACUUCCUCAUCCCCGAUGUUCCAAGCAGCCUGGAAGAGAGGAUUCAACGCGAACGUUUCUUGGCCAAACAAGCACUGCUAGAUGUUCAUUUGGAAACGUCUAAAACGUCGGAAAAGUUCGAUAAUGUAUAGCAAAAGACAUUCCGGAAUUUUUGGAUGUUGAUGCUUGGAGCGGAACGGCAAGCCACGAUUACUUUUCCCUACCACAUUCCAGUUUGUCAAAGCACUGUGUUAUUCAUUUCGUUCCUCCGAUUAUGGCUAGUGAUGGAAAUCAUCCCGUUCCCCCCCCCCCCACUAGAUCCUACACCUCUAUUCUCGUUCCUCUUCUUGUGGGGUUGAGGCAACGCUCACCAACCGGUACCGUACAUGUAUACCGUAUCCUUUCCCUUUCUUGUUCCUGGUUUAUUGAACUAUUUUCAUUCGGACAUUUUUCCUCAAUUCUGCACAGAUUGCAUCCACCCACUGUUCUUUGCGUAUAAUGCAUAAGCUACCAGUGCAUAUGUUACCAUCAGUUUGGGUGAGAUGCAAUUGCUCAAUAUAUUGAUGGUUCC